UAUUUAUAUAUUUCUGUGUUGUAAUGAAUAUAAAAGUAAUUCUGAAAUGGAAUCAAACACUAUAAAUUUGUGUCGAUUGUGUUUCGACGAAGGAAACAUAAACAUUUUCGAUGAGAAUGGGCAAUCAAUGCAGAUCGCUGAAUUAAUAAAACAACAUAUGCAAUGUGAGGUAUGUGAAUAUGACACAAUGCCAAGGCGGGUAUGUUCAGAUUGUUGGAACCAAGUGCGAAGCUUCCAUCAAUUUUAUGAAUUUGUGAAAAGUUCACAAAACGUAUUUUUAUCCGAAAAAUCCGAACCAUUUACCGAAGUUGAAGAGCCAUCAUUCAUGAAUGAGACACAGCACGAACUAAUGCCAUCACCUGUAGUUGAUGAAAGAAAUAUUGAAACAAGUAAAUUAGGCGAAUUCUCAGAUAUGGAAUAUCAAGAAACUAGAGAUACCAUAAUUAAAACCGAACAUGGAAUUGAAAUUGAAUCGCAAAUAGUUGAUACACACGAACAAACAGAAGAAAAUCUGAUUCAAACUACCACACAGGGCAAAAAUAAGGACGUGGAGUUCAUUGCACAAAAUUCCUGUCAUUGCAAGCACAAUUGUGCCCAAAAAAUUGAUGUCGUCCGACAAAAGGAGUAUUUCGAUGAUUUCUACGGUUUACAAAAAUGGUCUCAGCGAACCUUAUUUCUCCGAUCAUUGGGUGAAAAGCAGCCGGUCAAGGAAAAUAUCGGAUCCAUAAUGAAAUCGAAGAAAACUUUCAUUUCAAAAUACCAUUUGGUCGAUGGCGCUGGUGCCAAGCAACGUGUAUGCUCGCUCUUUAUUGAAAAAUUAUUAAAAGUAAGCCGCGGUAGGUUAUUUCGGGCGUUGAAAUCAUUGGAACUAAACCCUGAAGCCGUUGAACGUAGAGGAUCGUUUCCAAAAAAAAAAACUGGCGAUGACGCAAUUAAUUUGGUGAAACAAUUCAUUGCCAAAUUUCCCACCUUCGAAUCACAUCGUAACAAAAAGUAUUUGCACCCACAGCUAAAUUGUAAAAAGUUAUACAAUCUGUAUUGUGAUUUUUGUAAAUCCAAAAACGAGGUUGCAUUAAAGAAUGGCAAUUUCAUAAAGAUUUUCAAAGAAAAUUUUAAUCUUUGCUUUGUACGACGCGUAAAAGAAUGCGAUUUAUGUACAAAGCCCGGUACACAUAAACAGUUGAGCGACGAAAGUAAAAAAGAGCUGCACCGCAAAAAGAAAUCACACAUGAAAACCGUGGAAAAAUUGAAAGAAUGUUUUGUCGAUUCGGUGAAUAAAGCGAGUGAAAAUGAGAGUGGCAUCGAAGUUUUUACGUUUGCAUUGCAAAGAGCUCAAGAGAUACCAAUUUCACCUAGAACUGAAGUAUUGAGCUAUCGACCAUUGUGGUGCUUCAACGUAUGUAUAUUUGACGAAGUGAGAAACAAGGGCUACAUGUACGUUUGGAAUGAAUCAAUUGCUUUGAAUGGCUCACAAGAAAUUGGAUCAUGUUUGCGAAAACAUCUGCGCAACAAUUUACCAGCGAACACAAAAGACGUGAUACUCUAUAGUAAUUCGCAUUUUGGACAAACGCGCAACAUCAAAAUCUCAUUAAUGAUAAAACAUUUAUUCGAAAAUUUCUUAAAACCGUCCGGCGUACGAUCUAUAGAACAGCGAUUUUUUAUAAAUGGACACAGCUACAAUAGUUGUGACCGUUGCUUUGACAACAUUGAAAAAGCAAAGAAAAAAACGAAAACUAUACUUGUUCCAGAUCAGUGGUGUGAUGUCAUUUCGAAAGCGAAAAAAAUCGAACCCAGCUAUGUCGUAGUACAGAUGAAACGAGAAGACUUCUUCAGCUCUGAACAACUGGAAAAACUUUUGGCAAACAGCAAAGUAUCGAGUAAUGGUAAAAAAAUAUCAUGGUCUAAAUUUCAAAGUAUCACCUAUGAUUAUGCGACCGACCCAUUUCGAUUGGUCGUUAAAAAGUACCACACCAAAAAAUCACAACCGAUUUCCAUUCUACUGCAAAAAAGAAACAAAUCGGACACAUUUCCCAAAAACGAUUUAAAAUGUUUGUACGAUGAAAGGCGUACAAUUUCUCAGGAAAAAUACAACGACUUAAUGGCGCUAAUGCAAUAUCUUCCCAAAAACAAAGAGUGCCAACAAUUCUAUGAGUCGCUUGAAUACACCAGUGAAAAUGCAAUUAAAGACUGUGCAUUAGCCCAUCGCCAGUCAAGUGACGACGAAGAUUAUGAUUUAGAUGAAAAAAGUGAAACAUGAAAACCAAGGUUCACUUUCUCUGAUACACUUUCACUCUGUGCGAACAUAAUUUAAUUGCAUUCUAAAUAAAAUAAGG